AUGUCAGAAUUUGAUCAGGUUUACUUGUGCUGCGGAGACAUAAUCAUCCCACUGACGAACUCUAGGAAAGGGCUCAAGACAAUAAUGGAGAUGACUACUACCCCUUCCUAUCCCACCAAUUCAACAGUCGUAUCUGGAAAUAAUGGCUCUGAGUUUAUUGAUGAGCAUGAUGAGGUGAGACAGUCUCUCCACACCAUGUCUCUCAUUGUUUACUGCCUGGCCUUUGUUCUCGGUGUGCUCGGGAAUGGAGUGGUUAUCUGGGUUACCGGAUUCAAGAUGAAGAAAACAGUUAACACAGUUUGGUUCCUCAACCUCGCUGUGGCCGACUUCCUCUUCACAGCAUUUUUGCCUCUAAGUGUGACCUACACAGCUAUGGAUUUCCACUGGCCUUUUGGCAAAUUCAUGUGCAAACUCAACAGCACUAUAAGCUUUCUGAACAUGUUUGCCAGUGUCUACAUUCUGGUGGUGAUCAGCGUGGACAGAUGUGUGUCUGUGGUGUGGCCCAUCUGGGCCCAGAACCACCGAAGUGUACACAAGGCUUCCUGUGUGAGUCUGGGUGUUUGGGGGCUGGCUCUGAUUCUCAGCGCUCCAUACUUCAUCUUCAGGGAUACUGGGCCGUCAUAUAACAAUGAAGCCAUCAUCAACUGCUUCAACAACUUUGCUUUUUCUGAUGACUAUGAAACACCGUCUGUGAAUCAGCUGCGACAGUUUCGUCAUCAGGCCAUGACCAUCACCCGCUUCCUCCUGGGAUUUGUUGUCCCCUUCACUGUCAUUGUCUCCUGUUAUGCUGUGAUAAUCCAUCGUCUCAGAAGAAACCGCACCCUGGCCAGCCAGUCAAGUCGCCCCUUUAAGAUCAUCGCUGCAGUUAUCAUCACUUUUUUCCUGUGCUGGGCUCCUUAUCACAUCAUGGCUUUAAUUGAGAUGGUGAAUCACAUGACUAAUCAUACAAGUGAAACAUUAGACCAUGUCACCACCAUCGGAGUCCCUAUAGCAACCAGCCUGGCCUUUCUCAACAGUUGCCUGAACCCACUACUGUACGUGUUCAUGGGCCAAGAUUUCAAGGAUAAAGUCCGCAAAUCCAUCCUGAAUAUAUUGGAGACUGCCUUCCAGGAAGAAGUUUCUGGAUCUCGUUCUUACACAAAGUCAGUGGACACCAGUCGGAGCAAAGAGAAGUCAGCUCCUAAUACUGAAGUAUAAGGCUGUCUAUGACAUGAAAGAAGAAAUACUGAAACUGUACAAGUGAUUCACAAAUGUAACUGAAUACAACCAAUAUUAUAUUAUAUUUUUCCUGUUAUAGAAUAUAGUAGACUGUAAAUUACCUUAUGGAACAGAUUUGACUGAAUCUAUAAUCUACAGUGUGUAAUAUCAUUUCUGAACCAAUGCACAAACAGGUUUAUAGCAAGUUCGUUUUGAACUGCAUAGACCCCAAUUACAAACUUGCCUCUCACACCCAACUCAACCCAACUUCCUCUACCAGCAAGACGUGAGAAAAAAAUUGGGCACAAUGACAAGCCCACAGAAAAAAUCUCUUAGUUGAUAUGCACUUUUUGGGGUCUAAGUGUUGUAUUGUCAUUUCCUCUUUUGGUCUAUAUAGUCAUUUUCACAUGGUAACUCAUCAUGACAUGUCUAUUUCCCAUGCCCCUGAUUCACAUCUACACUGCAUGUGGCACCACCAUGGAUUUAUUUUGUAUCAUGUUUGUGUCAUGCAACGUGCGUCAUGUCGUCACGGCCGUUACCAUUUUAAUAAGCUCCGGAGUCCGGCCAGGAGACGUAGCCUCGGCCUGCAGCGCUAAACAGAUAUUAGACACAGACCUGUACUAACGGGUAGUGAUGGCGAGAUGAAGCUUCAUGAAGCAUUGAAGAUUUCCAUCCAAUUGGUUCGCUCAUGGGCAGAAGCUUCAUGGUGCUUCAUUUGCUCUACUGCGCCAUCAAGUGGACAAUACAUGUAAAACCGGUGAAGUGCAAAGCUGCAGUAGAUUUAAAGUAUCUUUGCCCUGAAGAUUCUUUGACGCACACAUAUAAGACUGAAUAUAAUGUUCUAUUUAAAAAUAAAGAUUGAUGUUAUUA